AUGUCUGGCUGUCGAUCACCUCUAAGCAGAACAUGUGCCUUGCUUAUCCUUUUGGCCAGUUGCAGUGCAUUCAUUCUGACUGAAAAGCCAGGGAAAGUCUUGAUCAUCUCUCUGGAUGGAUUCCGGCAUGAUUAUCUCGAAUUGGCCAAACUGGCUGAAAUCAAUAUUUCUGCCUUUAAACGGAUCUGGAAUUCCGGUUUUCGGGCGAUGCGUGUUCAGAAUGAGUUUAUUUCACGCACCGGGCCAAAUCACUUCACGAUUGCCACUGGAUUGCACGAAGAAAGUCAUGGUUUGGUUGAUAACUCGUUUUACGACCCACACCUGAACGCAACAUUCGCUCUGACCGAUACGACACAAGCCAAUGACUCCCGUUGGUUCGACGUCGGAGCAGAACCGAUUUGGGUGACCAAUGAACGUCACGGUUACCGAAGUGCCGUAAAUGCCUGGCCCGGAAUAUAUGCUAAAAUCAAAGGCUCUCUUCCAUCUUACGUGUACCCCAACUUUAAUUUUAGUAUUCCGUUUCGUCAGUCUAUCAGUUGGAUGAUAGAGCAAUUACAGAAACCCAAUACGACACUUGGAAUGCUUUAUCACAACCAGCCUGAUAUUGAAGGACACAACUUUGGUCCGUAUUCACACCAAGUUCUCCGGACCAUAGAUUUAAUCAACCAAGAUUUGGGUUAUUUAUUACAACAGGUUGAUAACAUACCCUCAUUAAGUACUGAUCUCAACAUCAUUGUGACCAGUGACCACGGAAUGGUGUCAGUGGAUCGUCAGCGCAUGAUCAUUUUGGAUGAACUUAUUGAUCAAACAAAUUAUACCAGUCCAGGUCCACCUGUUCGUGUAAUGUGGGCGCUUUGGCCGAAAGAUGGAUUUACAGCACUGGAUCUUUAUAACCGCUUGGUGAAUAAACACUUGAUGCUGCGGGUGUAUUUACGUGAGAAUGUACCCCAAAAUUUGUACUACUCACGCAGUUGGCGCAUUGCCCCCGUCGUUUUGUUCGCUCAUCCCGGUUGGCUGAUUGCUCAAGAUGAGGCUGCCGUGGCUAGUUACGAUCUCGCUGGUGAUCAUGGCUAUUCGACUGAUUGGCCCGAAGUAUAUCCGUUUUUCCUGGCUAUGGGACCCGAAUUUCGUCCACACACUGGAACUAAGACAAUCCCGUUGAUUCACAUGGUUGACAUUUAUCCGCUCGUGUGUCACCUGAUCGGACUAAGUGAUCCGGCACCGAACAAUGGCAGUUUGGAUCGGGUACUCGACUUGGUUCAAUCGCGCAGGAGCUAUUUCGGCUCUGGAGCCGAUCGUUUUACUGGUAAGUACCGAAAUCAGAGGGGAUGUUUCAGUACGUGA